UGGACUGGCGCCCAUGGUUAUAGAAGAGAAACAAAGCCCUAAUCAAAUUUGCAGAUAUAGUUAUAUAAAACCCUAACGCCUCCAAAUACCAUUUCCUCUUCAGUUUUCGGUGGAUAGAGAGAGGGCCGUGAAGAUCGACACCGUCCGCAAUGUCGAAGCGAGGACGAGGAGGUUCCGCCGGGAACAAGUUCAGAAUGUCACUGGGUCUGCCGGUGGCGGCGACGGUGAACUGCGCCGAUAACACAGGUGCUAAGAACCUGUACAUCAUUUCAGUGAAAGGGAUCAAAGGAAGACUUAACAGGUUGCCUUCAGCUUGUGUUGGUGACAUGGUUAUGGCUACUGUUAAGAAGGGUAAGCCAGAUCUUAGGAAGAAGGUUAUGCCAGCUGUCAUUGUUCGUCAGCGCAAGCCCUGGCGCCGAAAGGACGGUGUUUUUAUGUACUUCGAAGAUAAUGCUGGUGUGAUUGUGAACCCCAAGGGUGAAAUGAAAGGGUCUGCCAUCACUGGCCCAAUUGGAAAAGAAUGUGCUGAUCUUUGGCCUAGGAUUGCAAGUGCUGCCAAUGCUAUUGUGUAGAAGUAGGGUUGCUAAGUAGUUUACAGUUCUCGUGUUGUUGGUUUUUCAUCAAGUUUUUGAAUAUCUAAGGGCUUUGUCUUGGUAAGAAUUAUUGCUCAGAAUUUUGCAGUGCUAAAAUGGUUUUCACCCAUCAAAGAAAUCAAAUGUUUUCAUUUCCAUGGUUUAGUGCAUUUAUCACAAUGAUACAGAAGUAUUAAUA